AUGGCCGGCGCUUUCACUACCACUCUCUACCGGAGUCUGUUCCAGCGCAACGCUGUCUACCUGACUGCCAUCUUCACCAGUGCCUUCGCCUUCGAGCUGGCCUUCGACACCGCUUCCAACCGCAUCUGGGAUUCUUUCAACAGCGGCCGUCAAUGGAAGGACAUCAAGCACCGCUACAUCAACAAGGCCGACGAGGAGGAUGACGAGUAAAUAUAACGAUCCUAUCGAGUGUUUUGUGCUGCAAGUGGUGGUGGGAUAGACCAAGUGCUGGAGGGUAGAGAGAUAUCCAUUCCCAUGUUAUUUGACCGAGAUCAGGGGAAAGGGGAAUUGCGAUGAUCCAUGGUGUUCUUGUACGAGGUAGUCUUUUCUCUUUUUUUUUUGAAACCAUAAACUGUACCAUUGGGGUGCGUUUCAAUCUAGGAGAGCCCUCUCGCGUUGGUGGCGGUAGACGCCGGGCAGACGAAGUGCCAAGCCGUAAGACAGUAU